AUGACCCAUUUACCUCUGGAGGGGUCUGUUGUCGCUUAUGAGUUUCUGGACGCUAAAAAGAAGUGGCUAUGGGGUGUUGGGACUGUUACUCACGCUGAUGACCGUGUGUGCGUAAUCAGCCAGUGGGUGGGAGCACCAGUGGAUGAAACAAUGACUGCGAAGCUAGAGAGUGAAGCCGCUUCUUCGAAGGCUGAGGCAAAGAUCCACCAAGAGCGUCUCCUUGCCAUUCGAGAGCGUAUUGAGUCACAGAGCUGUGGAACUUCAAAGGAGGAGAAAGAGCGAACAUCAGAGGAGUUGUCAGAGUGUCUUGUCUUAAUUGGCAAGCAUCGAAAUCGCUCUCGCUCGUUUUUGGCUGAUCUGGAGACGAUAAAAGGGUCUUCGACGGUGCAAGUGAAAUGCCAAGAGUUUACCCCCGCGUCUUCUUCCAUAGCAGUCCUCCGCAGUUCUAUUCUGCGACUCAUCUCGCAGGCGACAAGUCCGUCUGUCUUGCUUUCUUCAGAGGAAGUAGAUUCUAUUGAGAAGGCGGUGACGUAUAGCCACAGUCAGCUCAACGGUGAGCUUCAUAAACUGCGCGCCACCGUUGAGGCGGCGGAAAUAGAAAGCGAUGAGUUACGCGAUCAGAUUCGCGGCCUCGAGGAGCAGCUGAGAUGCGUGAAGAAUGCAUCCGAACUUGUACGAAUUCCUGACGGUGGAGAGAGCGGAUCCACCUUCCCUGAAAAAAUGAAAGAGCACGCCCAUUUGAGCUUGCGGGGUACAUGGGACAGCAGCACAGCGUUGGUAAUGACCGAGCACACUAUCACAUUUUCUUGGGAUGAUGGGGAUACCCUGUUGCAUCACAAACCAGAGGAAACGAAAUCCGUCUUUGCCGCGGAGGCCGCCUUCGCAUGUUGUGUGCCGAUUCAGUGCGUGACGAAUCCGAAAAUGGCAGCACAUGGAAAGCACCUUUCUGCUGAAUUCUCUGUCAGUCACCCGGAAACCGUGACAACGAAGGAAAUUGAUCAGAGGCUCGCAAGCUACGCUUUUCCAUCCAUGCACCUCCUGCAUGAGGAGCCUCUGGGUGUGAAAACUGGCCUCGACAGGGCUAUCGAAGGCCUUGAGCACGCACUCGGGAUUCCAGAAGGUAAGCAUGAAGGCCUGUACUUCGACGAAUUCAUGGAGAACAUGCCGGACACCACUUUCAGCAACGACAAAGAUGCAUACGAGAGUGAAAUUGGCGACUUGCUCAUGCUUCUCGACAAACUCAAUAACGAGAAUCGCUCGCUACAGUACACUCUAGACAAAUCUGCUGCCGAGUUGAAGAGGCAGGUGGCAGAGGCUCAGAAAGAUCACGAUACACUGAAUACCGAGGUCGCUCGGUUACGAAGCAUCGUAUCAAAGCUUAAGGAUCUUGCAGAAAAGCAGGAGAAAGAACUCGAGAGUAACCGCGUGCAGAAGCAACGGGUUGAACAAGCUCGCUUCCACUACAACCUUGCUUCACCAGACCACGACGCACAAGACGCAGAGUACGCCAUUACAAUGGAAGAGUUCAAGCGUCAAAAAGAGGCGACCGAUGAAGCUCAAGCAGCACUCGUGGAAGAGAAAGGCAGGGCGGAACAGAUGCAUCACAUCUUGAAAGCGUAUGAGAAGCAGUGUGCACAGACUGCGAAGCGGUUAAGCUCUCUAGAAGACGCAUUUGCUGCUGAGAGCCGACAAACCGCUGAGACCAUUUCUGCACUCGAAUACGAACUCAUUGACGUCCUACUUCAGCUCAAAGCAUCCGAGGCGUUCUCAGAAGCUCUAAAUCAAAUAAACACCCAACAGCACGCAGAGCUUGCCGCCUUCCGUGCGAAGCGCCACGCCGCGCUGGAGGCCCGCGAUGCGGACGGCACGCUGCCUGUGCCGGCGAGGCCUGUGUCCGCGGAGGAGGCGGCGGAGUGCGCGCUGGAGCCGCAGCAGAUCGCCGACGAGCCGCUGUACGCCGUGACGCUGGAGGAGUACCUGGACAAGGACGCCGCCGUGGAGCAGCUGGCGGCGGAGCUGGAGGCGCAGAAGGCGGAGGCGGAGCGGCUUGCUUUGGAGGUGGCCGCCUUCCGUGCGAAGCGCCACGCCGCGCUGGAGGCCCGCGAUGCGGACGGCACGCUGCCUGUGCCGGCGAGGCCUGUGUCCGCGGAGGAGGCGGCGGAGUGCGCGCUGGAGCCGCAGCAGAUCGCCGACGAGCCGCUGUACGCCGUGACGCUGGAGGAGUACCUGGACAAGGACGCCGCCGUGGAGCAGCUGGCGGCGGAGCUGGAGGCGCAGAAGGCGGAGGCGGAGCGGCUUGCUUUGGAGGUGGCCGCCUUCCGUGCGAAGCGCCACGCCGCGCUGGAGGCCCGCGAUGCGGACGGCACGCUGCCUGUGCCGGGGAGGCCUGUGUCCGCGGAGGAGGCGGCGGAGUGCGCGCUGGAGCCGCAGCAGAUCGCCGACGAGCCGCUGUACGCCGUGACGCUGGAGGAGUACCUGGACAAGGACGCCGCCGUGGAGCAGCUGGCGGCGGAGCUGGAGGCGCAGAAGGCGGAGGCGGAGCGGCUUGCUUUGGAGGUGGCCGCCUUCCGUGCGAAGCGCCACGCCGCGCUGGAGGCCCGCGAUGCGGACGGCACGCUGCCUGUGCCGGGGAGGCCUGUGUCCGCGGAGGAGGCGGCGGAGUGCGCGCUGGAGCCGCAGCAGAUCGCCGACGAGCCGCUGUACGCCGUGACGCUGGAGGAGCUGGAGCAGGCUCGCGAGGAUGCCGCGCGCGGUGUAGCGGCCAUUGAGGAUAAUGUUGCUGCUUUGGAAUCGGAGCUUCUGGAUGUGUUGGUGGACCUGAAAACCCUGAAAGGUGAGAACGCGGCUCUGGUGAGACUUUGUGAGGCGAAGGACGCCGCGCUUGCUGACCUGGAGAUGCACGACGUGCGCGCUAACAACAGCGAUAAGGCGAAGCCGCAGACUACUUCGCGUCACAUGAAGGUGUUUGAUGGCGACGAAUGGAGCACUGUUGUGGAGACCAAGCCGCACGCGCUUCACGACGCAUUUGUAACGGAUGUGUGCGCUGCAUGCCGCGUCGGUCGCGAUGACCUCUCCCAGAUUGCGUUUGCGCUGGGGAGUCUGCAGGCGAGCGUGAGUGUGACGCACGACAGUGACAUGAGCCCCGACGACAUUGCGAAGCUUGUGGAGGAAUACCACUAUCCAAACGUGUGGGCUCUGUAUGCGCAGCGGUUUGCGCCAAAGGAUGGGCUUGAUGAGGCCAGGGACACGAUCAGCAAGCUACAGGGAGCGCUCACCGCGAAAGAGAAGACGGCUGCCAGGGUUGCCGAGGAGCUGGAGGCGCAGAAGGCGGAGGCGGAGCGGCUUGCUUUGGAGGUGGCCGCCUUCCGUGCGAAGCGCCACGCCGCGCUGGAGGCCCGCGAUGCGGACGGCACGCUGCCUGUGCCGGCGAGGCCUGUGUCCGCGGAGGAGGCGGCGGAGUGCGCGCUGGAGCCGCAGCAGAUCGCCGACGAGCCGCUGUACGCCGUGACGCUGGAGGAGUACCUGGACAAGGACGCCGCCGUGGAGCAGCUGGCGGCGGAGCUGGAGGCGCAGAAGGCGGAGGCGGAGCGGCUUGCUUUGGAGGUGGCCGCCUUCCGUGCGAAGCGCCACGCCGCGCUGGAGGCCCGCGAUGCGGACGGCACGCUGCCUGUGCCGGGGAGGCCUGUGUCCGCGGAGGAGGCGGCGGAGUGCGCGCUGGAGCCGCAGCAGAUCGCCGACGAGCCGCUGUACGCCGUGACGCUGGAGGAGUACCUGGACAAGGACGCCGCCGUGGAGCAGCUGGCGGCGGAGCUGGAGGCGCAGAAGGCGGAGGCGGAGCGGCUUGCUUUGGAGGUGGCCGCCUUCCGUGCGAAGCGCCACGCCGCGCUGGAGGCCCGCGAUGCGGACGGCACGCUGCCUGUGCCGGGGAGGCCUGUGUCCGCGGAGGAGGCGGCGGAGUGCGCGCUGGAGCCGCAGCAGAUCGCCGACGAGCCGCUGUACGCCGUGACGCUGGAGGAGUACCUGGACAAGGACGCCGCCGUGGAGCAGCUGGCGGCGGAGCUGGAGGCGCAGAAGGCGGAGGCGGAGCGGCUUGCUUUGGAGGUGGCCGCCUUCCGUGCGAAGCGCCACGCCGCGCUGGAGGCCCGCGAUGCGGACGGCACGCUGCCUGUGCCGGCGAGGCCUGUGUCCGCGGAGGAGGCGGCGGAGUGCGCGCUGGAGCCGCAGCAGAUCGCCGACGAGCCGCUGUACGCCGUGACGCUGGAGGAGUACCUGGACAAGGACGCCGCCGUGGAGCAGCUGGCGGCGGAGCUGGAGGCGCAGAAGGCGGAGGCGGAGCGGCUUGCUUUGGAGGUGGCCGCCUUCCGUGCGAAGCGCCACGCCGCGCUGGAGGCCCGCGAUGCGGACGGCACGCUGCCUGUGCCGGCGAGGCCUGUGUCCGCGGAGGAGGCGGCGGAGUGCGCGCUGGAGCCGCAGCAGAUCGCCGACGAGCCGCUGUACGCCGUGACGCUGGAGGAGUACCUGGACAAGGACGCCGCCGUGGAGCAGCUGGCGGCGGAGCUGGAGGCGCAGAAGGCGGAGGCGGAGCGGCUUGCUUUGGAGGUGGCCGCCUUCCGUGCGAAGCGCCACGCCGCGCUGGAGGCCCGCGAUGCGGACGGCACGCUGCCUGUGCCGGCGAGGCCUGUGUCCGCGGAGGAGGCGGCGGAGUGCGCGCUGGAGCCGCAGCAGAUCGCCGACGAGCCGCUGUACGCCGUGACGCUGGAGGAGCUUUGUGUUGUUAGGGCUGAGCUUGAGAUGAGGACUGUGGAAGUGGAAGAGCUUGGAUGGCAGCUUAGUGAGAAGCGGGAGGAGUGCGGAGAUCUUCUGGAUAAGCUCGAGGAUGCGGUGUCUUUGCUAGGGGAAGCCCGAAAUGAGGUUGAAGAUGUGCGCAGUCAAUUGUCGGAGGGUGAGCGAACCUCGGAGGCGUCUCUUAGGAAAUGGGAUGCGGAUCGAGCGAUAAUGGCGACUGAGUUGUCGGCUUUGAGGCAGAUGAACGAAGAGCUUGGUGCUGAAGUUCGGGCAUUCCGAAGGAGACGCCUCGAUGCUAUCGCCUGCCGUGAAGCUGAAGAUGGUCUUUCAUGUGAGGCAGUGACGGGAAAGGUUGAGGGCGUCGGUGUAGAUGAGCCGGUGUCAUCUUUUACCAUCGAACGAGAGCCGUUGUUCUGUGUGAAGCUGGAGGAGCUUAAGGAACAACAGGACUUGAAUGCUCAAAUGGUGCUGGAGCUGAGUGUGUUGGGGGAACGCAUUCGGGAUGCGAUGGGUCCCGAUGCAGUCACAGACUCAUCCAGCGAAGCUGUGCUCUCUCAUCUUGAGGCACUUUUGAAGGCUCUAGAGGAGUCACGUGACGCCGAGCAGGCGUGGCGUGAGCUCGCAGAGGAGAGGGAGCGUGAACUGGAGCAGCUGCGGAAAAUGUCCAAGAAUGAGGAGGAGCGCUUGAAGAACGACCUUGAGGAGGCUCGGGAGGAAGUGGAGCGGCUCCAGGGUGAACUGGAUUUGCUCACGGACAAGUUGGACGAAGCAUGCAGGCUUUUUGGCGACGCUGAUGCUGUGAGCGCCGAAGGCGUAGCGAAGCUAGAGGCUUUUGCCGAAGUUUUGGCGGCGGCGCGCGACACAGAGAAGGCUGCUAUGGAGCAGCUGGAAGCCAAGGAGAGCGAGCUCGAGGAGCUUCGCAGUGCGCUGAAGGACACGAAGGUUUGUGAGAAGAUGCGGGAAAACCUCGAGUAUGAACUGAUGCAGCUGCAAAAGGAGAAGGAGAUCACCGAGACGGAGCUUGAUACGGUACAGAAGGAAAUGAACGACCUGCAACGUGAUCUACGGGCCGCUGAGGACAGGGCCGCCGAAAAGGCGAGGGAGGUCGAACGAAUGACGUUGGACCUCGACGCCCUGAACAAUCGUAUUCAGGACCUGCUCGAGGAGUUGGAGGAAAAGACAGAUCAGUACAAUCAAGUUAUCAAGGAUCUGGACGACUUCGCCAAUAAUCAGAGCCAUGAGAAUGAAAAGGAACUGCUUCAGCGUCUUGCGGCGCGUGAGCAGGAGCUGUUCGAGCUGCAGGAGGCACGCCGCGGGGAGAACGACGAGCACGAGAAGCAGGUGGGUGUGCUACAAGACCAGAUUAAUCGUCUACGAGAUCAGACGGAUCAGGACAACACGCUUUAUGAUGGACUCCAGGCAGAGCUGGCUCGUCUGCGCAAGUUGUUCCUGGACGCGGAAGCUGCACUGCGGGACAAGACUGCUGAAAACGAGGCUCUCAAAGACGAUAUGGAGGGCAUGAUUGACGAGCACGAGGCGCAGAUGCGCGAGAUGGAGCAGGAGCUGGAGGGCAAGGGCAAAGAGGUUUCCGACGCAUUGGAACGUCUGGAGGAAAUGUCAGCCAUGGUUCAAGAGGCUCGUGAGGGCGAGGAGAGUGCGUUGAGACUGCGCGCCGACUCUGACGCGGAGGUGUUCCGGCUGCAAAAGGAGCUCGACAGGAUCAAGCGGCUGCAAAGUGCCAUGGCGGAGUCCGUUGAUGACAAGAGCAACCUCUUUGCUCAAAUCAUAGAUACGGAGGGUCAGCUGCGCGACGCACUGGCCACCAUCCUAAAGAAGGAUGCUGAGCUGGACGAGGUGGAGAAGGAGUGGCAAGAAAAACUGAACAAGUCCGAGGAUCUCAACCAUGACCUUAGGCGGCUGCUGAAACGGGCCAUGGCCGCGCUUUCCAAGUCCAAGGAUACCAUGGGUAACUCAGCCGGUGCGUUGGAUGCCUUUCGUGAUGAGCUGAAGCCCAUGAUGCAAUAG